AUGGCUCUCUUUAAGUUAGGUGGUAAAUUAAAGAAAAAAGACCAUCAACUGGACCCUGAUACUACAGUUUCAUCUUCCUCAUCAACCAAUUCAGCAAACCGAAAAUCUACAAGCAGGUUUUCCAGCAUUUUGCAUUCCUCAGCAGCUCCAAUGCCACUGAUUUCCAAUCAACCAGCCCACACCUCAAGGCCACCGCCUCACGCCAACUUGUCAGUGACAACCCCAUGGAACCGGUUCAAAUUAUUUGAUUCCCCCUUCCCCAGAUACCGACACGCAGCCGCAUCUAUUGCUAGCGAAAAAAAUGAGUUGUUCUUAAUGGGUGGAUUGAAGGAUGGGUCAGUAUUUGGCGAUACAUGGAAAAUUGUCCCGCAAAUCAACCACGAGGGCGAUAUCAUCAACUAUGUCGCAGAAAAUAUCGAAGUGGUCAACAACAACAACCCGCCAGCAAGAGUUGGCCACGCUGCUGUUUUGUGCGGAAACGCAUUUAUUGUCUAUGGAGGUGACACUGUCGAUACCGACACAAACGGAUUCCCCGACAACAACUUUUACUUGUUCAACAUCAAUAACCACAAGUACACCAUUCCGAACCACAUUUUGAAUAAACCAAAUGGAAGAUACGGCCAUACCAUAGGAGUGAUAUCAUUAAACAACACAUCGUCUCGUCUUUACUUGUUUGGUGGUCAAUUGGAAAACGAUGUUUUCAACGAUUUGUACUACUUUGAAUUAAACUCAUUUAAAUCCCCCAAGGCAACGUGGCAAUUGGUCGAGCCAUUGAACGACGUCAAGCCACCACCAUUAACCAACCAUUCAAUGUCUGUUUACAAAAACAAGGUGUACGUGUUUGGUGGAGUCUACAAUAAUGAAAAGGUUUCCAACGAUUUAUGGGUGUUUGAUGCCAUUAACGAUACUUGGACCCAGGUUACAACUACCGGAGAUAUUCCACCGCCAGUCAACGAACACUCAAGUUGUGUGGCUGAUGAUAGAAUGUAUGUGUAUGGUGGUAAUGAUUUCCAAGGAAUUAUUUACAGCUCAUUGUAUGUGUUGGAUUUGCAAACUUUGGAGUGGUCACUGUUGCAAUCGUCAGCUGAAAAGAGUGGCCCUGGUCCAAGAUGCGGUCACUCGAUGACAUUGUUACCGAAAUUCAAUAAAAUCCUUAUCAUGGGAGGCGACAAGAACGACUAUGUUGAUAGUGAUCCUCACAAUUUCGAAACAUAUGAAUCAUUCAAUGGCGAGGAAGUUGGAACUAUGGUUUAUGAAUUGGACUUGAAUAUAAUCGAUCACUUCCUUGCCGCAAGUGCACCUGUUAAUGCCCCAACCAUUAUUCCACCGGUUGCCUCUUACGAAGAACUCCCAAAACCCAAGAAACCCGCUGCUUCUGCUAGAAAUGAUCUCCAAGGUUACGACCGUCAUGCAAGAAGCUUUUCUGGUGGUCCCGAGGAUUUUGCAACCCCACAAGCCUCAGCUCGUGGCUCGCCAUCGCCAGAAAGAACACAAGGUGGUGGCGAUAAUUUUGUCGAAGUCGACUUGCCUUCAACUACUAUUUCUCAAGUCGACGAUGAUCCACCAUACGAUACAACUUCGUUGAACCAACCCCAAGAAGUGACAAAUGGCCAUGUUGACGACGAACCAUUUAGAAGAAGAUCGCUUGAUCCCAAGUUUGAUGAUCAUAGUGGGGCACCAGAGGUUGCACCAGUCGCGGUACCUGUCACGGAACCAGUCUCUGCACCAGUCACUGCACCAGUCGCAGAACCAGUGGUCGCACCAGCAGUUGCACCUGACGCAUCUGGAAAAGUUAAAAAGAUUAUUUCGGAACUCACCAACGAAUUGGUCCAGCUCAAGGCCACCACCAAAGAACAAAUGCAAAAGGCCACAGAAAAAAUCGAACAAUUGGAACGCCAGAAUUCGUUGUUACACCAAUCGCAGCAGCGCGAUGCUGAAAGUUACACCAAACAAAUUGAAGAAAAAGACGUUCUUAUCAACGAACUAAAAUCGUCGCUCGACCCAAGUGCAUGGGAUCCAGAACAGCCGCAAACGGCCACAAAUAUCUCCGAAUUGAACCGCUACAAAUUGGAAAGAUUAGAGUUGAACAACAAGUUGCUUUACUUGGAACAAGAAAAUGUAAAGUUAAAGGACCAGUUUGCUGAGUUUGAACCAUUUAUGGACCACCAAAUUGGCGAAUUAGACAAAUUCCAAAAAGUCAUCAAAGUGCAAGAAGAACAAAUCGACAAGUUGUCAAACCAAGUCAAAGACCAAGAAGCUCUACACAAACAAAUCUACGAUUGGAAGAGCAAAUUCGAGAGUUUGUCUUUGGAAUUUGAAAACUAUAGGGCCAUACAUAAUGACGACGAUAUAUCAGAUGGCGAAGUUGAACUCCAAGAUGACGACAGAUCUAUUUUGAGUUCAGCAAAAUCAAGAAAAGACAUUUCAUCGCAAUUGGGCAAUUUGGUGUCGUUGUGGAAUCAAAAACACGCCUCCAGUUCUAGCCGUGACUUGUCUGCUCCUCCGGUAAUCAACCCAGAAAGCCACCCCGUGGUGGCUAAGUUACAACUGCAAGUCGACGAGUUGUUAAAGAUUGGUAAACAAAACGAAACCACAUUCUCUCAGGAAAUUGAAGCUCUCAGGAAAGAGUUGCAAGAAAAGACCACUUCAUUAAAGACCGUGGAAGAAAACUACCGUGAAUCUAUACAGUCUGUCAACAAUACCAGUAAGGCAUUGAAAUUGAACCAAGAAGAGUUAAGCAACCAACGAAUUCUAAUGGAAAGAUUGAUUAAAGAAAAUAACGAGUUGAAACUUUAUAAAAAAGCCAGCUCCAAAAAACUUGGCUCUCGUGAUGGUACCCCCGUCGUUAAUGAAUACCAACAAGGAGAAGAUAGUCCUGGUGUCGACGAGCUUAAUAACGACGACGACGACGACGAAGACGUUAUUAGUACAGCUCAUUACAAUAUGAAAAUCAAAGACUUGGAAGCUGACUUGUAUAUAUUGAAACAAGAAAGAGAUCAAUUAAAAGACAAUGUCACUUCGUUGCAAAAACAACUUUAUUUAGCUCAGAAUCAAUAA